AAAAUCAUAUUUGUUUUUCUGUCUGAACCCCGUGUCGUAGCUGCGUUAGUUUUUCACUGCUGCGCACACCAGUGGACCAAGACCAUGAGGGUGCAGACCAGCUCCUCAAGCUCAGGGCGCAGGGCCGGCUCCAGCCGCUACCGUACACGGGCCCCCACCUCCCAGGUGGACGAGAGCCUGUUUGGGACCCCCAAACCGGUGCCCUCAUCAGCAGGCAUGAAUGGAAACCCAGGCAUCAAGACUCGGGAUCAGUCCCACUCCGCUCCUUUUCGGACGAGCCAGCCAGCAGAGAUGGUCCACAUCAUCACCAAGGACCUCAUCCGAGACCUAAAGGUCCGAAGCAAGGAUCCAUCAGGCUUGUCUGUCAUUCUAUCACCAACCGAGAUCAAGAGAAUCACCUCAGCAUCCCGGGUUCUCACCAAGGAGGAGAGGGAGGCCAUGAUGGAGUCACAGCACAGGCAGUGGGAGACAGCCAUGGAAGCAGCAAAAGAAAAGAAGGAGCAAAUCCAUCAGGCAGACAUGUCGCGCAAGAAGAAUGAGGCACUGACCGAGCUGGAGGUGGAGGCCCGGGACCGCGCCAAGUACCUCCUGGAGCGGGCCAAUGCCAUGAAGAUGGAGCAGGAGGAUGAGAUCAAGAGGCUCAAUGAGAUGAUUCUGGGUGCUCAGUGUCACAUGGUGCGUGACGCCCAGAUCCUGGAGAAGAAACAGGUCCAGGCAGAGCUGGCAGAGGAGGAGAAGCGUCUGGAUGUCAUGAUGGAGUUGGAUCGCCGCAAGGCCAUAGAGGCUCAACAGCAGAUUGACGAACUACGCAAACAACAGAUGAUUGACGGGAAGCAGCAAAUUCUCAACCAGAUCAGUGAGCGUCUGGAGGAGAGGCUGCAGCAAGACGCCCUGAAGGCCCAGGAGAGACAGGAGGUGCUCGAGAACCUGGAGAAAAUGCAGCUUGAGGAGCUGCAGGCCCUGGAGAGGAAGAUGGAGGAGCAGAGGCAUCUGCAGGAGGAGAUCAUGAAAAUCAAUGCUGAGAUGCUGCAAGCAAAGGAGCAGAAGAAAGAGGAGGAGAAACUGGCUGACAUCAGAGCUAUGGAGUACACCCAAAAGAAAAUGGAGCGCGAGGCUGAAUAUGAAGCCGAGCAGAGGCGAAUCAAGAAGGAGAAGGAGAAGGAGGUGGCCAGGCUGAGGGCUCUUCAAGAGAGAGAAAGUGACUACAAGGCAGAGCAGGAUGAGCUCCGUGCACGGAGGAAUCAGGAAGCUGCGGAGAGGGAGUGGAGGAGAAAGGAGAAAGAACAGGCUGAAAAGAAAGCUCAGGAGGAGGCGAUGCUGAAAGCUGCUCGCUUGGAGCAGGUCGUCCGCAAAGAGCAUCUCCUGUCCAUCGAGGCUGGCCGGGAGAGGGCUGAGUUUGAGAGGCUUCUGAAAGAACAGCAGAAAGCCAUUACCAAGCAGCAGGAGGAGGAGGAGAGGCAGCGUGAGAAGGCACUCCACCAUGCAAAUGCUGUGCGGCAGCAGGUGAAGGAGCAGGAGCUGCUGGCCAUAGCCAAGCGCAGGGAGAUCUUCAAGGAGAAAAACCGUCUGGACGAGGAGGCCCGGCAAACACGCAUCCGCCUUGACGAGAUCAAGGAGAAGAAGCUGAGGGAGCUCAGGGCUGUAGGACUCCCUGAAAAAUACUGCAAUGAAGUGGAAAGGAAGCUCCACACCUUGGCACACUGAUUUCAUAGCUUGACUGCUUCAUUCAAAUGGUGUGAUUCAGUUUCACAUUG